AUGAGCAGUCGAGACGUGGUGGUUCUGAGCGUGGGAGGGCUGCGCUUUGUAACCCGGCCUUCUACUUUGCAGCAGUUCCCCGAGUCCAGGUUAGCGCGGAUGUUGAGCAACGAAGACCGUGAGUUUAAACUCGUGAACGGGGAGUUUUUUGUGGACAGAGAUGGGAAUUUGUUUAGUUACAUCAUGGACUUCUUGAGGACUCUUCAGGUCUCUCUGCCCACUGAUUUUUCCGACUUCCAGAGGCUGCAGAGAGAAGCGGAAUUCUAUGAGCUCCACGCUCUGGCCGAGCUGCUGGGCCACGAGCACUUGCUGAAGCCGAGGCAGGAGAUCUUGGAAGUGCGUUUUUUUCUCCAGGAAGCGCAGGCCUUUUUCCGGAUCUUUGGUUCCUGCAGUAGCACCGUGGAGGCUCUUGCUGAGCAGAUCACAGUCUUUACGGACCAGCAGUUGGGACAGAGCUGGAACAGCCCUUUCCCUUCUCAGAAGCCACUUGUUCCGCUGCCUUUGGAAAGACCUUCUCACCAUGAUAUGGUUUUUCAGUGCGGUACUGACUUCUCUGCUGGGGACCAGCUUGUGGCCAGAUAUGUCUCCAUAAAGCCCGAUACUAGGAAGCUGAUUAAUGGCACUAAUGUGCUGGGCCUGCUGGUUGACACUUUACUCGGAGACGGAUUUCGCCUCAUAAGCACCAGAACGGUGUGGAGCGGCGAGAGGGUCGAGUGCUACACGCUGGAGAGGAUGAGGAGGCCCGCGGGCAGGGGGAGCCGAGGGCCCGACGGGAGAUGA